GUUUUGGAAGGAUCCUCGGAGACCCUCAAGGCACAAAAUGGAGGCAGUGACAUUUGAGGAUGUAACUGUGAACUUCACCAAGGAGGAGUGGGCUCUGCUGACUCCAUCCCAAAAGAAGCUCUACAGAGAUGUGAUGCAGGAAACAUUUAGGAAUAUGACUGCUGUAGCCAUUGUCUGGAAGCAGUUCACCAUCUCUAAUCUCUGGAAAUAG